AUGGAAGACCCACACAAACACCUUAGGAAUUUUAUAGAAGUGGCCAACACUUUUAGGAAUCCUAACAUCUCAGAUGAUGUGCUGAGAUUGAAGCUCUUCCCUCACUCACUGGCUGAUAAAGCCAAAGAGUGGUUGAACUCCUUUCCAUCCAACUCCAUGACUAAUUGGCACACACUGGCUGAAAAAUUUAUCAUGAAAUUUUUCCCAUCCAACAAGAUAGUGCAAACUAGAUGUGAUAUCACCAACUUCAUGCAGAAGGAUGGUGAGACCUUAGUGGAUGUGUGGGAGAGGUACAAACUCCUUCUUAAGCAAUGCCCCAACCAUGGUUUACCCUCUUGGGCAGUGUUACAGACCUUUUACAAUGGCCUGAGUACUCAAAAUAGAGGCUUAGUAAAUUCUGCUGCUAAUGACAUGUUUAUGUCCAUGUCCUUUAACCAAGCCCAUGAAUUGUUGGAACAAAUGACUCAAAAUUAUGCCAAAUGGCCUGAAGAGAGAAAUCAGUCUAGGAAAGUGGCUGGUUUACAUGAAAUAAAUCCGGUAACAGCCCUUUCAGCCAAGUUUGAUGCACUGUCCACUUUGGUGAGAUCCCAAGGACAAGCCAUUGAGGCAAAAUUGUCUCAACCUCAAGUUCCAAUAUUUACACCUCAAGUCAAUGCAGUGAACACAGGUGAAACUUAUGUUUGCUGUGGUGGGCCCCACUUGUUUGGUAGCUGCCCAUCCAACCCAGAAUCUGUGUAUUAUGUGGGGAACCAAAAUAGGAACCAAAAUAAUUUUUCCACUAAUUUUAAUCAAGGAUGGAGGCAGAACCAACAUCCUCAAUAUUUCCAAGGGCAAGGGCAGCAAGCUGGCCCCUCCAAUGCCCAAACCAAAGUGCCUUUUCCCACCCAGAACUACCAACAAACUUCAAGGCAGCAAGUUGUUGUUCAACCUAGUGAGAUGCCUAUUGCUCCACCUUCCUCCUUAGAAGCUUUGUUAAGGGAAUAUUUGGUUAAGAAUGAAACUAAGCAAAACAGUUUGGAAGCCGUUGUACAAAGUAUUCCUGCAUCUUUGAGGAAUAUAGAAUCCCAACUAGGCCAUUUAGCAAACACUAUGAAUACCAGACCCCCUCGUACCCUGCCUAGUAACACUGAAGAGCCUAGGAGAAAUAAAGAGGAAUGUAAUAUGAUAGAGCUCAGAAAUGGCAGAUCUGUAAAUCAGCCAGAAGCUGUGAAAGAAAAAGAUGCAAAUUCUGAACCUGUUCAGAAUUCUGUUGUUCAUGACAGCCCCCAAGGAGCUGCGCAUAGUGACCCCUUGCCCAUUCUGGUUGAAUCUGACAAUCAGACCCCUAUAGAUGAGCCUUUAAGGAAUAUUUCCAUGGAAAAGUCUAUGCCAAAGGGUCAAGCAACCAAGUCAAAUGUUGAGACACCAGUUGCCAAAAACAGACCCCCACCACCUUUUCCUCAAAGGUUACAAAAACAGAAGCAAGAUAAUCAGUUUAGGAAAUUUUUAGACCUCCUAAAACAGUUGCAUGUCAACAUUCCGUUUGUGGAUGCAUUGGAACAAAUGUGCACUUAUGUGAAAUUCAUGAAAGAAAUUCUUUCAAGAAAAAUGAGGCUAGAAGAGUUUGAGACUGUUGCUCUUACACAAGAGAGCAGUCAAUACAGGAAGUUUUACAAUCCCAUGUACCAUAGGAGACCACUACAUAGGCAGAGCAUUGUGUGA